CCCCUGGUCCAGGCCAUCUUUAGCCGCGAUGUGGAGGAAGUGCGUUCCCUCCUCUCGCAGAAGGAGAACAUCAACGUGCUGGACCAAGAGAGGCGAACCCCAUUGCAUGCUGCUGCCUACGUAGGCGAUGUCCCCAUCCUCCAGUUGCUACUGAUGUCAGGUGCUAAUGUCAAUGCUAAGGACACACUGUGGCUGACCCCGCUUCAUCGAGCUGCUGCCUCCCGAAAUGAGAAGGUGCUGGGACUGCUGCUGGCACAUUCAGCAGAUGUGAAUGCCCGGGACAAGCUGUGGCAGACACCUUUGCAUGUGGCUGCUGCCAACCGGGCCACCAAGUGUGCUGAGGCUCUUGCACCCCUGUUGAGCAGCCUCAACGUGGCUGACAGGAGCGGGCGCAGUGCUCUGCACCAUGCAGUGCACAGCGGGCAUCUUGAGACGGUGAACUUGCUCCUCAACAAGGGAGCCAGCCUGAAUGUCUGUGACAAGAAAGAGCGGCAGCCUCUGCACUGGGCAGCUUUUCUGGGGCAUUUGGAAGUCCUGAAGCUGCUAGUGGCGCGCGGCGCAGACCUUGGCUGUAAGGACCGCAAGGGCUAUGGGCUGCUGCACACAGCUGCAGCCAGUGGCCAGAUUGAAGUGGUGAAGUACUUGCUCCGAAUGGGGGCUGAGAUUGAUGAGCCCAAUGCUUUUGGAAACACAGCUUUGCACAUUGCCUGCUACCUGGGCCAGGAUGCGGUGGCUAUUGAGCUCGUGAAUGCAGGAGCCAAUGUCAACCAACCAAAUGACAAGGGCUUCACACCACUGCAUGUGGCUGCAGUCUCCACCAAUGGCGCGCUCUGUUUGGAGCUGUUAGUCAAUAAUGGGGCUGAUGUCAACUAUCAGAGCAAAGAAGGGAAAAGUCCUUUGCACAUGGCUGCCAUUCAUGGCCGUUUCACACGCUCCCAGAUUCUCAUCCAGAAUGGUAGCGAGAUUGAUUGUGCUGACAAAUUUGGAAACACACCUCUGCAUGUGGCUGCUCGCUAUGGGCACGAACUGCUCAUCAGCACCCUCAUGACAAAUGGCGCGGAUACUGCCCGGCGUGGUAUCCACGACAUGUUCCCCCUGCACUUGGCUGUUCUUUUCGGAUUCUCCGACUGUUGCCGGAAGCUUCUAUCCUCAGGUCAGCUAUACAGCAUUGUGUCUUCACUCAGCAAUGAGCAUGUGCUUUCAGCUGGGUUUGACAUCAACACGCCUGACAACCUUGGCCGUACCUGUCUUCAUGCUGCUGCUUCUGGAGGGAAUGUCGAAUGUCUUAAUUUGCUGUUGAGCAGUGGAGCUGACCUAAGGAGAAGGGACAAAUUUGGAAGGACCCCACUGCACUAUGCAGCCGCCAACGGUAGCUACCAGUGUGCAGUGACACUGGUAACUGCUGGGGCAGGAGUCAAUGAAGCUGACUGUAAAGGCUGCUCUCCCCUCCACUAUGCCGCUGCCUCUGACACCUACCGGAGGGCGGAACCCCACACUGCAUCCAGCCACGAGGCUGAGGAGGACGAGCCACUGAAGGAAUCACGUAGGAAGGAGGCCUUCUUCUGUCUGGAGUUCUUACUGGAUAAUGGUGCAGACCCCUCCCUGCGGGACAGGCAGGGCUACACAGCUGUGCACUAUGCAGCCGCCUACGGCAACAGACAGAACCUCGAACUGGCCUACAACGGUCACUGUGAAGCCCUGAAGACACUGGCUGAGACGCUGGUGAAUCUGGAUGUAAGGGACCACAAGGGCCGGACUGCGCUCUUCCUGGCCACUGAGCGAGGCUCUACGGAGUGUGUAGAGGUACUUACAGCCCAUGGCGCCUCUGCCCUCAUCAAGGAGCGCAAGCGCAAGUGGACGCCCCUACACGCUGCUGCUGCCUCUGGCCACACUGAUUCCCUGCACUUGCUGAUUGACAGUGGGGAGCGCGCUGACAUCACAGAUGUCAUGGAUGCCUAUGGACAAACCCCACUGAUGCUGGCCAUCAUGAAUGGCCAUGUGGACUGUGUACAUCUGCUGCUAGAGAAGGGAUCCACAGCUGAUGCUGCUGACCUCCGGGGCCGUACUGCUCUCCACCGUGGGGCAGUGACUGGCUGUGAGGACUGCCUGGCUGCCCUGCUGGACCACGAUGCAUUUGUGCUGUGCCGAGACUUUAAAGGCCGCACACCCAUUCACCUGGCCUCAGCCUGUGGCCACACUGCAGUGCUGCGGACCCUGCUUCAGGCUGCCCUUUCCACAGACCCCCUGGACGCCGGGGUGGAUUACAGCGGAUACUCGCCCAUGCACUGGGCCUCCUACACUGGACAUGAAGAUUGUCUGGAGUUGUUACUUGAACACAGCCCAUUCUCAUACCUGGAGGGAAACCCCUUCACUCCUUUGCACUGUGCAGUAAUUAAUAACCAGGACAGCACCACAGAGAUGCUGCUGGGAGCUCUGGGUGCCAAGAUUGUGAACAGCCGAGACGCCAAAGGACGGACCCCCCUUCACGCCGCUGCCUUCGCGGACAACGUCUCUGGGCUCCGGAUGCUGCUGCAGCAUCAAGCCGAGGUGAACGCCACUGACCACACGGGCCGCACUGCACUUAUGACAGCGGCUGAGAAUGGACAGACUGCUGCUGUAGAAUUUCUGCUGUACCGAGGGAAGGCGGACCUGACUGUGCUAGAUGAGAACAAGAACACUGCCCUCCACUUGGCUUGUAGCAAGGGCCAUGAGAAAUGUGCCCUCAUGAUCCUGGCAGAAACCCAAGACCUUGGCCUUAUCAAUGCUACCAACAGCGCGCUGCAGAUGCCACUCCACAUUGCUGCCCGGAAUGGUCUUGCUUCUGUGGUGCAGGCCCUGCUAAGUCGUGGGGCCACAGUACUAGCUGUGGAUGAAGAAGGUCACACCCCAGCACUGGCCUGUGCCCCCAACAAGGAUGUGGCAGACUGCCUGGCCUUGAUCCUUUCCACCAUGAAGCCUUUCCCACCCAAGGACGCCGUCAGUCCUUUCAGCUUCAGCCUGCUCAAGAACUGCGGCAUCGCAGCCGCCAAGACGGUGGGUGGCUGCGGUGCCCUGCCCCACGGGGCCUCCUGCCCUUAUAGCCAGGAGCGGCAUGGCGCCAUUGGGUUAGAUGGCUGCUACUCUGAGUAGCCCCCUCCAGUGUCCCUCCCCCUGCCGGUGGCUUGAUAUCUUAUUCUAUUUAUUUAGAAAAAAAUCUAAACAUUUAGGGCACUUUAAAGGAGAACACGACUGGGUGGCAGGGCGGAGGGGGGAAAGGAAGCCCUGGGGAGCAGCUGCUCACCCCUUUGCCACACCAUCCCAGCCUGGCAGAGGUCUGGGACAGACAGGGAACACCCCAGGCCCUUAGUAACCCCAGGGCAACCCCUUCUGCCAAGUGUCCCAAAAUGAUUGAGAGAUGCCUGGCUUUCCUUCUCUUUUAUUCCAUCUCAGUUCCCCCUUUCUGCUGCCAGCUCCCCCACUCUUCCCUCUGACUGUCCUCUCCAGGUCACCCGCCCCUGCCCCUACUGCCAGGCAGACCCCUCCUCUUCUUCCAUACCCAUCACUGCCUCCCUGCUCGGCUGGCCCCUCCAUCCCUGCAGCAGUGAGAAGCCUUAAUUUCUGGUACUGUGUGAGCACUCUGGGGGUGUUCGCCUCCCCCUUCAGGGGCAGCUAGAGGAUGAGGGGGGAGGGUACUUAGCACUGGGGCCUGGAGCUUUCCCCCCACUCUAUACCCAAUCACCCCUAAAGUUCAAAUGCAAAACACUUGAAGCAGCGACUACUGUACCUGGGCCCCAAAUCCUGCACUCUCCCCUGGCACCUCAUAUGCAAAUCAAGGGCUGGUUCCGCCCCCACAGCCUAGUCCCCUCCCCUCCCACCUCUGGCCUGGCCACGCACUUUAACCUUGCUUUUUUUUUCUUUUAACUUCUUUUGGGAGAGCAGAGCCUGUGGCCAUUCCCACUCUGGCUCACUUCUCCCUCAAUGUUGAGGCUUGUCAUGAAUUUUUAAGUAACCAUUUUAUCCUUUAGGGGAAGAAAGUUAAUUUCCUGCCCAUUUCAAGACCAUAGCCCUAGAAUGUCCUCCGUGUUUCAGGCAUGUGCUGCUUGCAUGUGUGUGGAGGGAGGUCCUUCCUCCCGUGCUCCCAUCCCAGAGUUCCCUAAGUCCCCUGUCUGCCUCCACCUUCUGUCAUGUCCGAGAGUACCCAACGCCCCAGUCACUCCUGAUCUGAAGCCAAAGAUGGUGGGAGGGGCGGGGCAGACUAGGGACCGUGCUGAAAGGUGGAAGCAGGCCUCUCUGCCUGAGGAGGAAGUCCUGAUGGCAAGAGCAAGGGUGGAGCCUGCUGCUCAUGGUGGAGGGGGCUCCCCUCCCAGCCAGGAGAGAUGGGAUUGAGCUGGGGACUGCACUGAUAAGAUUCCUAGAAGUCGCACCCUAGAAGCCAAACUGGGCCAGAGUGAGAAGGGGGCAGUUUUCUCUCUAAAUGUAGCAAUGAAUCUGGCCCUGGUCCCUUUGCGUGCCCUGUCCAUCCAUGUCUUAGGUAAGCCUCUGUGCAGUUGGAUCCACUCCUAUAGCCCAGUGUUUCCUUCCUCAUACUCAAUACCUCAGCCAGGGGCCAAGACACAGAACUUGAAUAGAGGUCCUGCCCCCUACCCCCAGUGCAUCUUUGCCCAGUUUGGCUGCCAUCAGUAUUGUCCCCUGAGAACUGGACAGACUUCGUUUACACAGUACAAGGGGUCUCCCCUGGGGACCCCUCGGCCUCUUUCCCCCACCAGAGCUCACUCUAUUCAAAUCUUAUCCAUUUUUCAGUUGUGUCCCUUGAAUGUCUUGCUACCCUUGCCAAGGGUGGGGGUGGGGGAGGUCCCAUCCCAGGGAUGCCUCCCUCCCGACAGAUGCCCUUAACCAUACCUCAUGCUGGUUCCCUGAAGCCUGGGGUGUUUGUUCAAGUCUUUAUUUCUUUUCCUAGUUUCUCCUUAUCCUCUAUCUCUGUCUUGCUUCCCCAACUCUUAGAUCCUAAACCAUUUCAAGGCUUCCAAAUGACCAUUAUUGGUGAGAAGGAUUGUGCAGCUUUUAGUUUUUAGUUUUGUUUUCAAAGCCAAAGGGCCUUGCAGUGCCCCUCUUGCCCACCUCCCUUCAUCCCUUGUCCUCCCCUAUACGACAAUCAAUGUGACUUCUCUUAAGGGCUGCCGCCCCCACCCCAACCCCGCUGGUUCUGCAAAGCUUGCCCCCUAACUUCAGUUCUUUCUCCUGAAAUCUUCCCAUUCCACCCCUUCCCUCUCAUUUUGGUGCUGGGAAUUAGGUGGUAGGGGGCACGGGGAGCAGGGAGAUGGGUUCUCUGGGAAUGUUGGGGUAUCAAGUCGUGUUCUCCUUUAUCAAUGCUUAGUGGUGACAGGAAGAAUCUGAGUAUUUGUCAGGAGCCCCAUUGUUUUGUUUUGCUAGAUGAGAUUUCUGGUGGCUGUCUGUUCCCUGCUGCCCCUCAGCAUGUUGUCAGCAGUGCUGGGGAGGUGGGGAGCUCCCUGCUCCUCCUCAUGUGGCUAUGAGGAGGCCUGGAGGGCCAGCAGCCUCCUCUCCUUAUGCCAAAGGAAAUCCCGCACCCCACCCUGGGCUCCCCAACCCCUAGUGUUUUUUGAAGCAUUUUGACCAUUCUCAUGGCCACUGCAUAUUUAUUUUAAUGUUAAGAUUUUUUUAAAAACCUCUUUGACUUAAACGGGUGUGGAGAAGUAAAACAGGCAGAAUGCCCCCCAAUUUUAAGGGGGUAGGGUGGGGGAGGAAGCACCUCCUUCCCUUCACCUUCCUCUCCCCUCCCCCUCUCCCCACCGCAGCUCUAAAGCACUUGCUUCAAGUAAUAAGCACUUUUGUGAAAAGGCCUAUUUGGAGUGAGGACCUGGGGAGUAGUCCCAGGUCCCAGCAAAGGAGACAGAGCGAGGGCUACAUAGGAGACAGACUUGUGAAUCAGAGGCAAGAUGAAAAGAGCCAGUUUUUAGUUUCUGAUAUUCGGGGGAAUGUUUCUGGUUGGGCGGUGGCUUUGGUAGGGUUGUGUACUAUACUUCAGAAAAACAAAUGGCACAAACUGUGGGUCCCAGGAUGGACCGACAGACCCAGGUCACUGCCACUGUCCAGCUGAGACUGAUGGGCCCCUCCCCCAUCCCGUGGCCCCCUGAGCCAUAGGACUGCUGAAAACCACUGAAUGUACAGCCCAGGUUGGGGUGGGGAGCAGCCCCUGGGGGAGGGGCUUCUCCUUUUGUUUGGUGCUGUGGGGGGUGGGAGAAAUGAGACUGAGGGACUGCCACCCCAGUAGAUGUGUGUUCCUUGGGGUGGAGGGGCUGAGGAGGGCCUGCCUCCCUCUCCAACCCCAGCCAUGGCCCCUCUUCCUUCCUCACCCCUAUCCGUUUUGACUGUAAGUCCAGCUCACCUUUGCCUUCAAUAUGUAACCAAAGGAAAACUCAAUACUGUUUCCACCACUGUCUGCCCACCCGAGCACCUUCUUACUCCCUGGACUUAGAAGGGGAGAAGAGGAUGGGGGUGGGGUGGGUGGGGCCAGAGUGAACGGUUCUACAACUGUACCCCCAAAACCUUCUCUGCGGUCUUGGAAGGGGUCCUGAGAGGUGGGGCAGGGCCAGGCUGGCCAGGCUGGGAGUAGGCACACUCUGUAUCUUACGCACAUGGCACAGGAGUGUUUCCUUGUCGAAGUGACUCCAGUGACUGCUCCAGUGGGGAGGCCCCUUCCUCGUCCCUCUCAGCCAUUCAUCACCCUCUCCCCACACCCAGCAUUCAUUCCCCACCUCCCUUCCCACCGCAAAGGAAAAUAGCCUUACAGACCCUAGCCCAGAAACCCUACUCCUGGGGCAAGCCAGUAUGGGCCCCCAUCCCGCCAAGUUUGAACCCUACCUUUUGAAAAGGAGGGCUAAGGAGCAAAGCAGUCUCUUUCCCCUCUAGUUGUGGUGGCUCCAGCCCUCCAGGCCUUGGCCCGGCCCUGGGGAGGAAUCUGAGGACCAAGCCCAGCUAUCUGGGAGGAGGGAGGUAAAGAGGGGCGAGUCUGAUUUGGGGACUCCCUCCUCCUGACCCAACCCCCAGAGACUCAACCCCUAGAGAAGUGACCAAAUCCCAGAGAUGGGCGGGAGCUGGGGUGGGGAGGGUCUGCUCUUUGAAUUACUUGAAGGUACUGAUUCUGAGGCUGCUGUUGCCCACCUAGGUGUGAGGGGGACACUGUCACUGCUUUUGGGAGGGCAGAGGGCGGGUGACAAGAGGACCUGUCCAAGGCCCUCACUCACUCCUGCUAGGCCCUUUCUCUGGGGAGUCUGCAAGACUGACUGCCCCAGGGAAGGUGGGGAGAGCCUCCCCUCCCAUCUCCAUCCUCACUCUGGGCACCCUCUCCAAUUGCACUAAAGUAGCUGUUGUGCCAGUCUUACCCCAUGCCAGGGUGGGGUCUCUGCUUCCAGUCUUUUCCCACUGCCUCUGCUCCCCUCCCAGACAAUCUCCUUGUUCCACUUGUAUUCCUGGAUAGCUCAGCUUUGUGUGUGUGUGUUGGGGUGGGGGGGGGGUCCUGGCUGGAGUGGGUUUGGCAGGGGUUUGGGAAGGGCUAGGGGAAAGAUGGAGGACGAUGUCUUCUUCCCCCUUCCUCAACUCUAAGCCACAGAAGCCUGGGAGGGAGAGUGCUUCCUCUCGCUGCCGUGUGUCUUGCAGAUGUGCCAAAAUGGGAGGGUGGGAAGGGAGGGUGCCUGGCAGAGCAGCCCCAAGGGUGGCUCUCUCAAAGCAAUACAGUUCCCCUGCCUGGGGGACAGCAAGACAGGGGAGAGGGUGGGGUGGGCACCUGGGGUUCCCCGUGUACAGCUGUGUAUAUUCAGGGGUGUUCUCUGUCUGGUACCCACUGUGGGCAUCUAUGUGUGUGUGAACCUCCCCUUCCCCGUGCCCUGCAUGACCUGUGAUGCUGCAGACACCACCAUCCUGUGUGCAGGUGUGUCGGGGGCAUGGAGGGGCAUGUUUCAUGUCCUGUUGCACCCUCCACCCUGUGACCCAUGUACUCGGUUGUAGGAAGUAAAGAGAACUGAGCACAAUUCACUGGAUUCUAGUUGAAUCUUUCUCUAAGCAAUGUCCUCACUCCUGCCCUUCCUUCCCCUGCCCUGGAUCCACCUGUGGUGCUAGUGUUGGGGUCGGGGGUGUUUGAUGCUGGUGGGCAGCAAUAAAGGGCAGAUCUGCCCAGAUAACUGCAUCCCCAGGGUGCUGAGGGCAAUAGGAAAAAGUAGGGACCUCGGUGCAUUUGCCCCACCCCUCCCCUCCUCCCUGGGCUAAAGCACAAUGCUCCCCCUGAAGAUUGAUGCACCCUGUCCCCUCCAGGCCCCUACUUACAUCCUCCCCCAACCUGCUUUGAGCCCUCCCACCACACCCCGGUUUUCUAUGCUGUUUUGGUGCAAGUACAACUGUCGUUCGUAGUCAUGGCUUUGGGAUGGGUUCUGUUUAUUAAAAUCCUAUUGCUCCUAC